CCUUUAUCCAUUUUUUCCUUCUGCAACAACCACUAAUCAAACACAGGUUCCGCUCAGCAGACCACUUACCCGUCUUCAACGACUUCAUCACAAUUCAGUCGAUGAUGUGUCGUUAACACCCAGACAAACCGAUGCAAUAGCUCCCAAUAUGUUACGACGAAGUCGCACAAGAUCUUCUAGCUAUAAUGGACAUGAUACUGAUACAAUUAAUGGGUUAGAAGUUAAUAAUUCUAACAAUCGCCAUUCAUUGCCAACGGUAGAAACAGUGUUUGACGUGCGGCGUCCUCGUUCUAAUUCAGUGGAUGUGAUUCUAAAUAGUAAUUUGGGUGAUGAUAUAAUGAGAUCAAAUCUUCGUAUCUCUGAUCGCCCACGUCGAUCUAGCACCAAUCGAGGAUCAUCAUCUCGUCCAUAUUCAUCGUAUACAACAUCAUUAUCUAAUGCAUCUGAUGCUAAUCCAAAUUCAUCCACCGCUGGUACUCAAACAGAUUCUUCGACAGCAUCUCCCCAACGUUUGAGACGAAGAUUAACUCGAAUUUCUGCACGAAGAUUAUUUAAUGUGGGGGGACCUGAUACUGAAAGCAAUAAUGUUAAUAAUAAUAACGAAGAUAAUGAUGCAGAAAACCAGGUUUUGGGCCGUUUAUUAUCUAUGGCAGCGGCAGCAACAGCGAGAUCACUUGUUGAAAGUCAGGAAAAUGCAGUAAUUGAAGCCGAACGCGCUGCCAGUGAGGGGCAUGAUGGAAGCUUCGAAAGUUUUUUAGCUGCUUUGCAGAGAAGACGCCGUGAAGCUUCUAACAGACCUCCAAACCAAACAACGUCAUCGUCAACAUCUGAAGAACAAGUUUCAUCUGAUGGAAAUACACCUAAUCCACAGUCAUCUCAGCCAAUGUCAUUUUUCCGUUUGUUUCGAUUUGGUGGGCCUCGUGCUUCUUCAUCACAACAAAACUCAUCUACCGAAAUUACAUCAGAUCAAUCUUCAUCCACAACAGUAAACGAAUCUUCUAAUAAUGAAAAUAAUGGACCACAUAUGGUUCCUGUUAUCAUUAUUGGCAUCCGAAGUGUUCCUCCCAGAGAAGAUCCUACAAGUAACCUUCCACCGUCGCAACAGCCCGAAAUCAACAAUAACUCAACAACUGACACACGGAAUUCGCCUGGAAACCGAUCUACCAGGACUCGAUCCUCUUCAACAACUUCGAAUAGAACUGUGCCUGGGUCUACCGCAUCUACUGGAACUCAAACACCUCCUGCGCGAUCAUGGAUUAUUUACGUUUUAGGUGGUACAUAUCCUUCUACCCAUCCUCUCCUAACUACUCCAUCGUUAUUUUCUGAUAAUCCCACUUAUGAAGAUAUGGUGCUGUUAUCGUCUCUUAUUGGUCCAGCUCGACCUCCGACUACUACGCAAAGUGAGAUAGAUGCAAACUUACCUGUCGCAUUAUAUAAUGAAAGCAUUCGUGGUCUUAGCGAAUAUACUCUUUUGGGAAAUGCCGAAAAGUGCCAGGUCUGUUUGUGCGAUUACGUUACAGAUGAAGAAGUAAGAGUUCUAAAUUGUCGACACGGGUUUCAUCGGGAAUGCAUUGACAAGUGGCUAACUGAGGGGUCUAAUAAAUGUCCUAUCUGCCGAGGCAUAGGUGUUCCAUCUCGGGAAAAUGAAGUCAACAAUAAUAACGCUAUUCCAACUACUACACCUGGAUUAGGUCCCAUGGGCCCUUUCUUUUAA